AUGUAUUAUUCUUUGUCUGUGUCAGGAAUGAAGUUAGUUUGCGAAUCAGAGAAACAUGAGUGGGCAAAGGAAAACAAAGUCGUUGGUUGUGGUUACGACCCGAGGAAGAAGAAGGUAUACUUCACAGUCAACUCACACUUGGUUCACGUUAUUAAUUGUAAAGCAGACGAAUUUGGGUCACCUCUGUAUCCAAUUCUUGCUUCCAAUAGGGAGGCCACAGUUCUUGUCAACUUGGGGCAAUCCCCAUUUUAUUAUGGUCCGGCAAAUGUGCAGCGCACACCCAACCCGUGUGCUGGUGAGACACCCGGGCUUGAGGACAGCAAAGAGCUGUUCUCUAUUGGCAGAUUAGAUUCUCAGUAUUUAAGCAAUUUUUUCAUUAAUAGAGGUCAAAGUGAUGAAAUUGCCAGCGGGAGGACCACUGUGGGAAAUAGCUAUAGACGUAAGCUUGACUAUGACGAAGAAUCCGAUGCUGAUCUUUUUGAGAUUGCACUAGAACGCUCAGGUAAACAAACUCCUACCAGGCUAUAG